ACAAAUUUGAAUUCCUGAAACCUUAAAUGCAGUUUUCUAAAUAAACAAGAGUUUUUGAUGGAAAUAUUUAAUGAAACACUUCUUUUUACACUUCGCAAAAAUUUUUCGUGAAUAAUUUGCGGUUGAGGUUGGGACAUAAUUGGGGAUUCGUUUUUCCAUAUACUGCGCCAUACGUCACGCACGUUAAUCGAUUUUGUGAAUUUGUUCAAAGGAAUUCCCAUUCGCUUGGUGUCUUUAUUUCGACUGGAAUGUAUUAAGUUUAGCAGUUAGUUCGAAUUGCCUAUUCAUUAGUUUAACAAUACCCACUUAAAGACAACUUGACAAUGGAUAAUAACGUCGACGGUCACAAAUUGGAGAUUUCCGGUCGAACAGUAAAUGAAGACCCAAAGGAAACCUAUAAGCUUUUGGCCGACCCCGAUAUGGAAGAAGAAGCAAUUUCACGACCCCAAUCUUUAGUAAUUUCAGCGGAUGGAGCAGAUGAGAAGAUGCUGGCUAAAAAUGACGGAAUAUCACAAUAUUCUAGCCCAACGAAAAAUUCCAUUAGUGAAAAGUUUAAUGGAGAUUCUAAAUUAGAUAUUGGUGAUAUAAAAAAUCAAUUUGUUGGGUUGGGCAAGGAGGAGCUUAUGAAGUAUGUGAACGAUCCGUUCUGGAUUCGUGUACGUUGGAUCUGUUUCAUUGGAUUUUGGCUGAUAUGGGCGGCCAUGUUAGUGAGCGCUAUCUUGCUUAUUUAUUGGGCACCGAAAUGUAAUCCGCCACCGCCGAAAACAUGGUGGGAGGAAGGCCCAUUGACCGAGGUGGAUUCGAGUGUCAAAUUUCAAGUGGACGGGAAUAUCAAAGGUGUUAUCCUCACAUGGCCCGACGACACGUAUGAACCAUUUGACGAGUCCCAUGAUAUUAUAAAAUUAGUUCAGUCUUUCAAAGAGAACAACACGAAAGUAAUCAUGGACAUUGAACCAAUAGUUUCCACAAAAUGGUUUGAAAGGUCUGAAGAAAAUGAUCCCGAAUUUUCUGAUUACUACAUAUGGAGUGCCGGAAAGAGCACUCUGACAAGUAACGAUCCACUUCCCCCCAACAAUUGGGUUAACCAGAACAACACUUCUUCUUGGAGGUACUCCCAAAAAAGAAAGCAAUUCUAUUACUCCCCAUUUGAUAAGCCGCACCUAAAUUUCCGUAACGAGGAAGUUGUGCAUAAGUUUAACGAGGUCAUUUUAAGUUUCUUGUCGGCCAACGUCUCGGGCAUCCGCCUCCGUAAUGCAGCAUUCCUUUUAAUCGACCCCAAUCUUGAAGACGAACCGAUCAGGCCCGGUACCAGGGGGCUAGAUCACACGCAGUAUGGAUUCUAUAUUCAUUCCAAGACGGAGAAUUUGCUGGAAAUUGGCGAGCUACUUAAAAAGUUCAAAAGAGUAUUGAGGAAUGUGACCGAACAGGCUCCGCUAAUGGUCGCUUCGGAUUUAGGUAAUCCUGAAGCGUUCAAGGUGAACGAUACCUUGAUCGUAGAUUUGCCUUUAGAAUCUCACCUAUUUUCAAAAACUAGUUUGUUAGUGAACGAAACUGCCAACGGAUUGAACUAUAUCUUUAAUAUUGAGAAGCUCAGUUGGCCUCUGUGGAAGGCAACUACCAAAGCGCUGCCAAAAGAUUCUCUCGACAUGAUAAUAUAUCUUUUGCCCGGGACACCCCUCGUCGACCCAUCUGAAGUCAUCAACAAGACACUAUUGAAGAUUAGAUCGGGCGGUUCCGUCAUGAGGGGCUCUUGUUCCAUUUAUACGUUACAAAACGAUACAGUUUUCGCAUUUACUCGGGAAUAUAGGGGAAGUCCCGGUAUUCUAGUGGCCACCAAUCCUACCGACGACGCAGUCACGGUGGACUUCAAAGCUGCCAUACCUUCUUUUGUGGACGUGGAGCAGGUUACCAUAAGAACGUUUAGCAGCAGCUACAACGAAACAUCUUUUAUGGAUAUUAAUGGUAAGAGGCCCCCCACAGCAGUUCCUGUCACAGCCAAGUCGACGAUAGUACUUGAAUACGUGCCAAAAGUAGAAGAUGAAGAAUAAAUUCCACUAUGUGAAGUAUUAAAUGGUAGCUGGUAGAAUCUUAAAAGGAUUAAAAAUAAAGUGACUAAAAAUUACAAA